CGAAGAGGAGGUUUUGAUAAAUGGAAAAUCUGUUGACGACCUCCGCAUUACUGAUUUAAAACUAGAAUGUGACAAAAGAGGACUUUCUAAAUCUGGCAGUAAAACUAUGAUCGCCGAGAGACUUAAAGCUCAACUUCUACUUGAAAAACUUCAGAAAAUGCCAUUGAAACUGUCAAAUGAAGUAGAUAUGGUCAAAUCGCCAAAUAUAGAUCUACAAAAUGCAGUGGCAGACAAUGAUUUUAUUAAGCAGUAUUUUGAACAGCAGCAGCGAUCCAUGCAGGUCCAGCUUGAAUUGAAAAAACAAGUAGAAGAAGAAAAGUUACGGGAAAGCGCAGAAGAAGAAAAAUCGUCAGCCGACGAAAGUCUGAAACUAACGGGUCAAAGUGAAAUGUCACCGGCCUCACAAGACAAGGUGAAGGUCACGAAACGGAGCGCACCUGUCCAGUCGUCAAACAUGGUGAAACGACGUAAUCGCAGUAAAAACACUGAUAAAAAUGAUAAAAAACGUUUAAAGGAAAUUGAUUCUAAUGGGAAACAAACCAACAUACACAAAAGCAGGGAAUCCAGGUCACGAUCUCGGUCGCGAUCACGAUCUAGAUCACGAUCAUUAUCAUCUAGUCCACCACCUAAAGCCGGUAGAAGCAGAAGGGCACCCAAGGAAGAAUCUCCGCCACGGCAGUCUAGCAGAAUUUCAUCCAGACAGAGCGCCAUGAAGAGUCACCAAAAGUCGCCUUCUCCUUCGUCCAAUUCUUCUAGGUCAAAGUCUGCCCAUUCAGACCUGAGUAACGCUGAGCCGGCCGAUGAUUCAGAGGAGGAGAGGGUCGAGUCGCCAUCUAAAGGUCGUGGACGGGGCAGAGGGCGUGGGAGAGGAAGAGGGCGAGGAAAGGGCAGGGCGAAACCGCAUAUGUCGUCCGAUGAGUCUCAUUCUCCAGCCAGAGAAAAGGAAGAAAGGCCAACAAGGAAGUCCAGCAGAGAUGCGAAGCAAGAAAGCAUGAAAAUGGAUUCAGAAGAGACAAAAGAAAAAAGAGAAAUACCAUCCAGAAAAUCCAGCAAAGAAAUGGAUAUAGAAGAGACGAAAGAAAGAAGAGAAAUGCCAUCAAGGAAAUCUAGCAAAGAAAUGGAUAUAGAAGAGACGAAAGAAAAAGAAAUAUCAUCCCGAAAAUCCAGCAAAGAAAUGGAUAUAGAAGAGACGAAAGAAAGAAUAGAAAUGCCAUCACGGAAAUCUAGCAAAGAUGGGAAGCAAGAAAACACAGAAAUGGACGUAGAAGAGACCAAAGAAAGAAGAGAAAAGCCAUUACGGAAAUCUAGUGGAGAUGGGAAGCGAGAAAGCAUGGAAAAGGAUAGAGAGGAGGUCAAAGAAAGAAGAGAAAAACCAUCGAGGAAAUCUAGCACAGAUGGGAAGCAAGAUGGCCUGAAAAUGGACGUAGAAGAGACCAAAGAAAGAGGAGAAAAGCCAUCCAGGAAAUCUAGCACAGAUGGGAAGCAACAAAGCAUGAAAAUGGAUGUAGAAGAGUCCAAAGAAAGAAAAGAAUUACCUGGUCAACGGGCAUCAAUCGAGAAAGAUGAGAAGAAAACAACUGUUGGUUCAGCAGUCUCCAAGAAAACCAGCUCCCCUACAUCCGGAGAACCAAAGGAUAUUCCACUGCCUCUCGAAGAAAGUAAUCUUGAUAAAAAUGUGAAAUCAUCAUCAGUCCCCAAACAGGUGCCAGCUGAAGAACAUGAACAUGCACAGGAGAAGAAGGAAAAAGGACUUCUGCCAGUAGAAAAGAAAUCUGUAUCGGAAGGAAUGGCGGCAGAGAGUAAAGAAAAGAAUUCAGAAGAAAAAGAAAUAGAGGGUAAGAAAAAUACUGAAGUUAAGAAAAGGAAAUUGUCUGAAGGUGAAGAGAAAGACGUUAAUGUAAAAAGUACAGAAAUGAAAUCUUUGUCUGAAAGAACUCAGGAAAAAAAUCAGUCUGAAACUAAAGAGAAGACGACAACAAGAACUGAGGAAAGAAGGAAUUCAAAAACUAAAGAAACAAAACCGUUGUCGGAAGGAAUGGAGGAAGAAAGUAAGCCAGAAGCUGAAGAAAAGACGUCAUUGUCGAAAGGAAUGGAGGAAGGGAAACAUUCUGAAAAUAAAGACAAGAAAGUAUUGUCUGAAGGAAUGGAGCAAGGAAUUACUUCUGAAACUAAAGAAAAAAAAUUGUCUGAAGGAAUGGAGGGAGGAGAUGAUUCUAAAGUUAAAGAAAAGAAACUUAUACCAAAAACGGAGGAGGAAAUUAAAUCUGAAUCUAAAGAAAAUAAGGAUGUGCUACCAGAUAAAACAAUUAAGAGACACGAACAAUCUUCUGAAGAAAGCAAAGGGAAGCAAGUUUCAAACAUUUUGUCAGGAGAUUCCAGUAAAUCUGUAUCCCAGGAGGUAGAAGGGGAAAAUGUUGUAAAGGAACAAAAAAGCCAAAAACCAAUAGACCACAGUUCUAAAGUGUUGGAAACUGAACCAAAGUUGACUUCAUCUCAUUCCUCCAUUGCAGAAGAAAGUAGUCCUUCAAAACAAACAGCUGAUGCCGUUUCGGAGAAACAGGUACCACGCAAGUUGAAACGAUGGAGUGCACCGGUGAGGGAAAAGUCGACCGAUGAGAAGAUGGAUAUUGAGAAAGUAGAAAAAGUAGAUGUAGGUCCAUCUUCAAAAAAGGUAAGACGGUGGGGUUCUACACAGGAUAAGGAAACUGAUAAAGAACCCAAAGCUGAUGCUUCUCAGGUUGCCAAAACGGAAAGUAGCAAAGAAUCCAAGGACGAGGAGGUGGUAUCUUCAACUAAGAAGGAUCUCUCUGAGGCAGAUGCAAAACCAGACUCAAAGAACAUUGAACCCAAGGAUGAAAAGUCUCAAGAACCCUGUACGUCUGUAAAAGAAGACGAACAGUCAAAGGUGAAAUUAAAUAUUUCGGUAAAAGAAGAUGAACGGUCAAAGGGAAAAUUAAAUACUUCGGUAAAAGAAGAUGAACGGUCAAAGGGGAAAUUAAAUACUUCGGUAAAAGAAGAUGAACGGUCAAAGGGAAAAUUAAAUACUUCGGUAAAAGAAGAUGAACAGUCAAAGGGGAAAUUAAAUACUUCAAACAAAGAUGAGGAACUGUCAAAGGGGAAAUUAAAUAAUUCAAACAAGGAUGAGGAACUUUCAAAGGGGAAAUUAAAUACUUCAAAAAAGGAUGAAGAACUGUCAAAGGGGAAAUUAAAUACUUCAAAUAAGGAUGAGGAACUGUCAAAGGGGAAAUUAAAUACUUCAAAAAAGGAAGAUUGCCCUGAAAAAGUCACAUCUUCCAAAGAUCCUUCCACCAAGCCAAACCCAAGAUCUGUACAGAGCCGUUUAAGGAAGCCGUCAUCGUCGGAAGAGGAAAGCGAUUCCUCUUCAGACUCUGAAGAUGAGAAGGAAGAUGACAAGAAGAAGAGUGGUGAUUCAAGUUCUGAGGAUGAGAAGAGUUCGACUUCGGGGAAGAGCGAGGCCUCUGAUUCGGACAAGAGUAACUCGUCGGAUCAGGAAGCGGACGCCGGACAGGAGGCUGAUGACGAACGGACGACCCAGGAUGAAUCGGCUGCUUCACACAAGGAAGAUGUCAAAUCAGAUGAUAUGUCUAUGGAAGUUGAAUCCACAAAAAAGACUAAAGAGGAGUCUGAUAAGAACAAUAAGACUGAAAAUGCAUCAGCUGAGAUUGUGGCAGCCCCUAGGAAGCGUUCCUUACUCUCCGGAAGCAGACAGGAAUCUAAGAAGGAUGAUGAAUCGGAGGAUAAAGAUGAGCCGAAGAACAAGCCGGUGAAGAAGAGGAAAUGGGGAUCAUCGGAGGCUAAAUAUUCCAGAAAGACACACAGUGUGGAAAUUUCAACCGAUUCUCUCAAGGGUCUGAUAGACGAUGUAAAGGUGUUCAAUGAACCCAUUCUGGAGCUGGGCACAGAAGGGAUGCAGCUAUCUGACAAAGAGGAAGACAAGAGGGACAUCAAAAUCAGAAGAACUGUAGUACAGGUUGUGCAGGCUGAAAACACUGGGGAUGCCGACCAGCGUCAUACUGUGUUGAAAUCCGAUGGAGAAGAUGAAGGAGAAUUGUCCGAAGAGGAGGAAGAACAUGCAGACAAAAAGAAAUCUCCUGAAUUGAAAGUGUUCCGUCGAAUAAACACGCAGAUUUCUCUGGAGCCAGACGAACCUCAGGCUGCCAGGAGGUCACCGUCCCCUGCGCGGAAUCCCGUCAACAAAGUGGUCCAUUUACGUAACCUGGUGCGACCUUUCACGCUGGGCCAGCUGAAGGAAUUACUGAGGAGAACCGGGACCUUGGUCGAGGGUGAAAAUACCUUCUGGAUUGACAAGAUCAAAUCUCAUUGUUACUGCACAUUUGAGAGUGAUGACCAAGCUCUUGCGACUAGAAAGGCACUUCAUGGCACGAGAUGGCCGAUGUCCAACCCCAAGAUUUUAAGAGUUGAAUAUGCUUCUCAGGAAGAGCUGGAAUUCCACAAAGGUCAAGAAGAGCUGACCAUGCCAGCAAGGCCUACGAAAGCUGAAUUGAAAAAGAAAGAGAAAGAAGAGAAGCGCGAGAAGAAGCAAAAGAAAGAGGAAGAAAAGACACCGGCGGUCAGAGAGUGGGACCGAGAUAAGAUCAAGGACAGGAAGAGGUCAAGGACGGUGUCGAGAGAGAGGGAUCUCGAUCGGGAGAAGAGGAGAAGGGAGAGAGAACACGAGACCAGUAGAGAGAGGAGAGAGAAAAAACCAGUCGAAACAAAACCAGUUGAAGAAGCUCCGGCCAAAUUGUUAGACGAUCUGUUCAAGAAAACGAAAGCCACACCCUGUAUAUACUGGCUGCCUCUGACUGACGAACAGGCUGAACAGCGACAGAAGGAUAAGAAGAAGCAGUUAGCUGAGCGAGAAAUGCAAAGGAAGCAGAUGGAGCAUGAAGAUGGUGACCGAAGAGGCAGAGAGAAGGAAGAACAUGCUGUUUCUGGACGAGAGAGAGAAAGACGCAGUGGAGGCGGUGAUGCGUGGGAUUCCCGCGAGGGCGGCCGUGAGACCAGGGACCGUAUCAGAGGUGACAGAGACAAGGAUCGACGGCCAGCACAGAGAGAAGGGUAUUCCCGCGGACACUCUCGCACAGAAGUAACGGAACAACGUGAUAGUCAGCGUGAUAGUCAGCGUGAUAGUCAACGUGAUACUCAGCGUGAUAGUCGUAGUAGACGGCAGCGAUGAUGUAGCGACAUAUUAUUGUACAUAUUCUAGUGGACAAUGAGUGAAUGGUGUGUGCUAGUGUUACAGACUUUUAUUUUUGGAGGAAUGGGAGUGUGAUACAAGGCAUAUGAAAUGUCUCCCCCCACAUCAUGUGGACAAAAUACACUUCCCGUUAUAAUUAUUUCCAGGAGUGCAAUUUUACUCUCUGCAUUUUUAGGAGUGUGUUUUUCAAAAAUAGAAGUCUGGUAUUGUAUUAAAGAGGAUGGAGUUAUGUUCUUAAUGUUUGGGGGUUUUUUUCAACUUAACCUGACCUUUAACUAAUGGCAUUUUUCCCUUGGAACAAAUUCAGUAUCAAGAAGUAUUUUUGUAAAUGUAAGUCACACUGGAUUUUAACAAGGCAGUGCAGAAAGCAAGUUCCCCGCAUAACACGUAAUGAGGGUUCAAUAAAACAUGUACCAUUUUAGUGUGCCAGCACAAACAUUAGGCCAAAUUCUUUUGUGCAUAAUUCUUGACCCCUGUUUUUUUAAACAUACUGUUCUGCUAUAUGGUGUUUAUAUUUUGUGAUGACAUAGCACAUUUCUUUUUAUCUGUUUCACUUGAGUGAAGAUUUGGCUCGGUAAAGCACUCACAGACCUCGAAAUAAGCAAUGUGUCUGGUAACUCAUGUACAUGUUACCACAAAAUAGUCAGGGGCCCCGUAUUACGAAGCGAUCUUAGCACUGAAAUCACCUUAAGUGUAUACAGUAACUAACCAUUUAAGUGAUCUUAGCGCUAAGGUCGUUUUGUAAAACGGGUCCCUGGGGUCUCUUAGGCUCUGCUAGACAACAAAGCAUUCUCUUUGCAAGUCUUUUAGCAUUGCACUGCGAGAUUGCAAAGUUGCGCGAGUUUAGUGAAUUAGGCCCCUGGUAACUAUAGGUUAAGCACACAUUUAAGUUAUUGCUCUAAAUUACCUUCACAGCCACACUAAUACUUUGUUAUUGAUUCAUAUCAGUGUUCGUGAUAGUUUGCAGGAUCUAUCGGUCGACAUAUAGAUUACUGUAAUGGUAAUUCAACAAUGAACCUGCACAUCUUUUAAAUGAACCACUUUGUUGGAUCCAUUCAACUGAUUGGAUUUUUCUAGUUCCAACCAGUGCACCACAACUGGUAUGUGCUUUCCUGUCUGUGGGAAAGUGCAUAUAAAAGAUCCCUCGCUGCAUUGGGAAAAAUGUAGCGGG